AUGCCGCCCGCACGUCCAAUCUUACCGUCCUGCCUCGUCCUGUACGCACUGGCGUGCAGUCUCCCGGUGGGAAAGUACGUCACCGGAAGUUAUUUGCGCGACGUCGAACUGAUCGGUCCACCGUCACAGGCCGAGCUGAACACUGUCUACUACUAUCCGAGCUACGUCAAAGGUGAGGAUCCGGUCGAAGAAUACAACCGAAGACGGUUGCACGUGGACACGGGCAACUUUAUGGAGUACGAAGAAACCCAACCGAGUGGCGUUGGCGAGAAGAAGCGCAGUCAGCAGCAAAAACAGCACACCCAACACGACGAGGGUAAUGGUGAUGAUUGUUGUUUGAAAGCGAAACGAAAGCGGAAGUACCAUGGCAAAGCAACACGCCACCAAACACACCACGCAAUCGAUCCGAUGCGCGUGGUCGAUGCGCAAACCGAUCAUGAGUACAAUUAUAUGAAAAUUCGCCAAGCCGGUACGGGUGCUCCGAGGUACGUACGGGACGAUGUGGAAAUAUUCGACAUCGAUCGGGGCAAUCGGAUCAAGGCAAAGCGGCCGAUCAGACGAAGAACGAGAACGGCACACGAACCGAGGGCCGAUGGGCAGCGGCGGUACGAAGAGUCGGAUCCACAAGUAUUUGCGUACGAACGGUCGGACGCGGUACCGAGUGGGCGAGCAAACGAUGGACAGGCGGAAACUUCAAAGGAUGAUCAAUAUUUUCAAUACGCUGAGAUAUUUGGUGACGGCUCAUACGCGGCCGGCGCACGGCGUGGCAACGAUCAGCACUACCUAGAACAGCUCGAACGCGGCUCGCACGGUAUUGGGGUGUUUCAGAAAAAAGUACUCAUUAUUUUGCACUCAUCCACCAAAUUAGUCUAA